AUGCAGAGUGUUCAACGCAAGUUCGGCAAGUUGAUGAAGCGGUCUGCAGACGGGUCAGACGUUGGGGGCAUUCUUAGUGAAUUCAACAGUGCAGACCAGGCCCUGGCCAGUUUCAUUGAGGCAACAAAAUCAUGGCGCGAUGCUUGGGACGAGACACUAAAAACACAACUCUAUGUCGCCGAAACACUGCAUUUGUUGUACCAGCCAAUCGAAGUAGAGGAUGACCCUGACAACCCGACUCAACACAAGCCAGCUCCGACCCCUAGGAGGUAUUUGGACAAGGCCAGUGAUUUGCAGGCCGUUUACUCGAAUCUUGGAAAGGACUUGAGCAAUGAGGUCACCUCAAUCGAAGUAAAGCUUCUGAGACCUGCAAUGGAUGCAAAAGAUUCUCUCAAGAUGCUUAAGAAGUCAGUCAAAAGAAGAGAAGAUUUGAAGCUUGACUACGAGCGUUACAACUCGCGCGUAGACAGUGUCCGGCGCAAAGAGACAAGAUCUGCAAGGGAAGAGAACGCUUUGAUGAAGCACGAGACUGAUCUCGCCCGAUCCAGUGCCGAUUACCAAGCUGCUGAUGAGCAGCUGAAAAAAGUGCUACCUCCUGUCUUGGAUGCUCUAUCACUCCUUCUUCCCGAUCUGCUCGCGACCCAAAUCAUGAUCCAGUACCAGCUAGUCGGCCAAUUGUACACUCAGCUGCAUGAGUAUUGCCAAGCGCAUCGUCUGCCUUCUCCUGCGCCCGCUCUGGAGCAGGUUGUUUCAACCUUCGAGACGGAGUUUACACCGUUCCGCGAGGAUUUGGAGCGCAACAUCCGAACGAUCUCAACUGGUAAAGCCAUUCAUCAACCCAUGAGUUUGCCAGACAAACAGCAAGGCACUGUCACUGGUCUUGGGCUUCGCAACACGUUCGCAAGGAGAACAAGCAGUCAGGGUUCAUUGCCAAAGCCUUCCAUGCCAGGACAAUUACGUAUUGGUUCGAACGCAGUCGACGAUGAGCCGGCUCCUGUGAAGCCUCCUAGACCCGGUCGUAUCUCUUCUAGUACUAGACUGCACUCGCACUACGAAGACACUGCCACACUGAACUCUCAUUAUGAAGAGGAAGAGGCACCUCCGAUGAAGCCACCUAGACCUGGAGCACCACCGAGUGUAGACAUGAUGAGCAAGCCGCGAAUUCCUUCCAGCUCAAAACCUACACCCGUGGUUACGCCAGAUGUGUACACUAAUGGCGGAGCACCUGCGCCAACUUAUUCGGCUACAAGCACUCCUAGCUCGUCCAAUACACCAUUCUUGACACCUUCGUCCACAUCGCGUCAGAACCAGGGAUCGGACUACUUCAGCAGAGAACGCAAGGCUUCUACAUCAUCCGGUACUUUCAGCGUUACAGGCAAGAAAAAGCCCCCGCCGCCUCCACCAAAGAAGAGAACACCAUCGACACAGGGUCAAUUCGUCACGGCUCUCUAUGAGUUCGGUGGACAGGGAUCAGGCGACUUGUCGUUCAGGGAAGGUGAUAGGAUCAAGGUGGUAAAGAAGACGGCGUCGACAGAUGAUUGGUGGGAAGGAGAACUAAAUGGAGUGGUUGGCAGCUUUCCUGCAAACUACGUCAAAGUGGACUAG